GGGCAGAGAGAUGUCAGCAUCAGGGACUGCAUGGGCGUGUUUGUGUCAGAUCGCGGGCAGGCGUGGCAGUGGGCUGGUUCAGCCCCUGAGCCGUAAAAAAAUGAGGAUGUAUUGAGCGGAGUCAGCUGAGGCCUUCAAACAUCCUGACAAAGAAGCGCUGGUGUCGCCCCAGCACAGACCGAUCUGUUCAUAUUAACGGUCUCUCGGGACGGCCUCGGUGCGGGGGUGUGCCGCACCCACCCAGCAGACGCGCUCCCGAGGAUGCACCAAGUUACUGAGCCGGAUCACUUCCUCCUGCUGGUGCUGGCUGACCGUGAGCUCUUAAUGCUUGUGCUUUCCAUCUUCUGCAGCUCUGCACCUGCAGCAGCCAGAGCCCUGAGGAAUACAGCAUCUCUAAUGAGAGGCAGUUUCUAAAGUUUAAAAGCUUCCACUCCAACAAAGAAAAUGAGCAAAUCCCCGACCCCCAAAAGCAGCCCGGUGCAGCGGAGCCCCAGUGAUGGUGUUCCGGAGGGCCUCCAGUCUCCUCAGCACUCCACGCCCGGGUCUGGACCGCAGUAUAAGAAGCGCAUCUCCAGCCUUCUGCAGAGUCCGUCAUUCAGAGAGGAGCUGGAUGUCCUGAUACAGGAGCAGAUGAAGAAAGGAGGAAGCUCUUCCAACCUGUGGGCACUACGACAGCUCGCUGACUUCAUGAGCACGCACGGCUCCCCAGCUGCUCUCCAAGUCUCACCGUCCAACAUGAUGAUGGUGACGCCCAUCAAUGACAUGCACGGAUGGGACCCUGGCAGCUUGGUGAAAGGGGAGAGGCUGAUGCGCUGUAAGCUGGCCAGCACCCAUCGACUCUUUGACCUCUUUGGCUGGGCCCAGAUCAACCGGAUCUGUCUCACACUGCGUGUGAGUAAAGAGCAAGAACACUUUCUGGUGCUUCCAGAUGGCCUGGCCUACAGUGAGGUGACGGCUUCCAGUCUGGUAAAGGUGAACAUUCUGGGGGAGGCGGUGGAGAAGGGCAGCACCAAUCUACCAGUCGACCCAGAGAAGUUCAGCUUGCACUCGGCCAUCUACUCGGCUCGGCCCGACAUCCGCUGCCUGCUGCACCUCCACACGCCUGCAGCAGCAGCGGUUUCAGCCAUGAGGGGCGGCCUCCUGCCUCUGUCCCAUGAGGCUCUGCUGGUUGGAGACGUGGCUUAUUAUGAUUACAAUGGUGUCAUGGAGGAGGAGGCGGACAGAGUGGAGCUGCAGAAGAGCUUAGGACCCACCUGUAAGGUUCUUGUGCUGAGGAAUCAUGGGAUUUUGGCACUUGGAGAAUCUGUGGAGGAGGCUUUCUAUACCAUCUAUCACAUCCAGACAGCCUGCCAGAUUCAGGUGACUGCAUUGUGUAGUGCUGGUGGAGAACGGAACCUGAUUCUGCUAGACCGGACCGUCCACAAACCUGUCUCGGCUGGUUCUGUGGGCUGGGCUGGCUCCACUUUUGGACCUCUGCAUAAGAGCCGUGUAGGAGAGCACGAGUUUGAAGCCCUCAUGAGAACUCUGGAUAAUCUGGGCUACCGUAGCGGCUACGCCUACCGUUUCCCGGUGCUGCUGGAGCGCUCACGGACACGGAGGGAGGUGGAGGUCCCCGCCACGGUGACGGCCUUCCACCAGUUUGACGAUGACGGCGUCCAUCCUGCUCUGAGGCAGCACCCGUUUGUUCAGCGGCAGCAGCAGGAGAGGACGCGAUGGCUCAACACCCCCAACACCUACCAGAAAGUCAGUCAAGAGCAGGCCAACCUGGGACACCAGCGGACCACGUGGCUGAAGACGGAGGAGGUGACACAAGCUGGCAGCACCGCCAUCAAGAUCGAAAACCCAAACCAGUUUGUGCCUCUCUUCACCAACCCUCGAGAGGUGAUUGAGACCCGCAACAAGAUCCGCCAGCAGAACCGUCAGGACAUGAAAACGGCGGGGCCGCAGUCUCAAGUUCUGGCAAGCGUCAUCACAGACGACAGCCCCUCGGCCCCAGUGACCCCACCAAAAGACCCGCCCGAGCCAGAACCUCCUAACCCCUUCAACCAGCUGACGGACCAGGAGCUGGAGGAGUACCGCAAGGAGGUGGAGAGGAAACGGGAGGGAGGGACUAACGUAGGGGAGGAGGUGGAGAAUGACAGCCCCCCCUCCACCACCCCCACAAACGCCCCUCCUCCAGCAGUGGAGACAAAGAUGGACUCUCCCACCAUGCAGAACGGAGGCGAGGAGGAGAAGCAGCUGACAGAGGACCUGGAGAAGGGGAUGAAGGCCCUCACGACCAACGACACCUCCACGCCUGCAGCUCCGCCUGCCAAACCGCAGGGCGGGACUCCGGAGGGCUCGCCUUGCAAGUCGCCGUCCAAGAAGAAAAAGAAAUUCAAGCCUCCCAUGUUCCUGAAAAAGAGCAAGAAGCAGAAGGAGAAAGCAGAGACCUGAGCGGGCGGCUCUGUGCAUCAGACCUCGAUGCAGUUCAGUACUUUGGUGCAGCACAGGGAGCGGACGGCGUCAGACCAACACGGGCCACUUCACACCUUCUCCACAGACAUCGUGUGUUGUGCUGUACCACUGCUAUUCACUGAUUUUAAUGUUUGCUGUGGUUCAUCUAAAGCAAGUUAAAGAGCACCACUUUUGAUUUUUCACAUCCGACUCAUUUCCUUUGAUUUGCUGCUAUCCGUUACUUCUCUGUAAUGACAGUUUCCACAAGCAGAAUCCAGACGCUGAUCUGGAGCGGCUGACACACCUUUAUUUACUCGUUCACAUCUGUAGAUUCACAUCCACGCAUGUCACAACCGUUAAUCAUUGUAGACAUCUCUUAGUUAGCAUUUGGCUGUAGUUGUCAGGUAGAUGUUUCUGGUAUAAUCUGUGAGCACAAGAACAGUACACGUGAACAUAUGAUGACCGACCGUGCUCAGCUGAACGCUAGUUUUGUGGAUCACUCUCAACCUAAAGAACAGAAGCAAAAAACAGACUAACAAAUUAAUCUGCUCACUAAAAUAAACCCAAAGUGAUCAAGCUCAACAUUUGUGGCUUUUGAAUGCAGUAAAGACAGUUGGUGUGAUGGAAGACACCGACAGUCCUAAACAUUCCACUCUUCUUUAUUUGAAUGUGCAAAAUGACUCUACGGUGACACGUUUCUGUUGGAAUCAGUAGCUGUUAUUGAAAUGCUGAUGUAAUGUUGGUUCAUGGUUUCUAGUUAUUUUCUAUUAGAAUGUGUAUGUGAGCAUCGCAAGUUUACCAUUCAUCAGUCAUUAAAGGACAAGUUUGAUUUUACCUCAA